AAAAAUAUUUGAACGUCUCAAAUAUUAGACAAGAGUCGAACUCUGCUGUGUUGAUAUCUCAGUCACAGGAUGCAGUACUUUGCUUUGCAUGUGGUGCAGAAAAUCCACUUCACAUUAAAGAAUGUAUGAUCUGUGAGAGCAAACUUUCUGAAGCUCAGAUGAAUAUCAACUUUCAAAUCAAACAACAAUCAAUUAUUUCAUUGCCAAUCUCAAGACCUGACACCGAAGAGAAAAAAGACCAAGGAACUCAGACUGUUGGAUUGUUCUACCCAUCUCACAAAUAUCUAGAGAAGAAAGAAAGUGAGGCAUUCUUGCAAAAGGAGAAGCAGAUUAAGACAAAUAAUCACAAAUCUCUGCUCACAGCUAUCAGCCCUGGAAGAGGCUAUUGGAGGAAGCAAUUAGAUCAUGUCUGUGCACAUCUUAGAAGCUAUACACAAAAUAAUAUGGAGUUCAGGACAUUAAUUGGAGAGCCUCAGAUGGGAAAGCUUAUUUCUGCUACUGUUCAUAAGGAUGGCUAUCAAGUCAGUCUCCAGAUCAAUUAUGCACUUGCUAAAAAG